CAACCCCGCUUGGUUCCAAUUGUAACGUGGGCAAUAUAAGAGAGAAAUCCCCCGAAUGUAUUUAGGGUAAAUGCCAGUGACGCAACGCAACCUUGGGAGGGUGGUAGGGGGUUAAAACAAGUGCUAGACAAAACAGCCGUCACGACGCCGGGUACGAAAGCUCGCAUUUCAGCGUCGGUCUUCGACGGAGAAAGUUGGAAUGGUCAGUACUUAAAGCGAAAUGGUGUUUUAUGCGUUAAUGUGUACCAAAAGUGUAAAAAACUUUUAAUGGGUGUACUAAAAGUUAAGAACAUUUUCAAAAAAUGUCAUGCAUGUAUGGAAGGGUUGUGAAAAAGCCAAAUGACAACUUUUUGUGUCAAGUGCGACUGUAAACAUGCGAUGCACUGUUAAAGCAACACAUUGGUGGCAAAAUUAGGCUGGAAAUGCCCGUGGAAUUAAUAUUAAUUUUAUUAUGUUUAUUUUAUGAGAACUGCACUGGAUAUUUAGAAAGAGUAACUAUCAGCGGAUGUGAAUCUUGCACUUUACGACUAACUUGCAGAGGUUUCGAUGCCAUUAUAGCAGUAGUGGAUGCUCAAUUUAUUCCCUUUGAAUCUACCGACUCAUCUGUGGCAUUUAAUUUGCAGCAGUCGACUGCAGUUCCUGUACAACCACGAAAGGCCUUAAACCAAAGAUGUUCAGGAGUAAACCACUGCAGUUUUAUAUUAACAAAAGACUGCCCAGGUGCCAGCACACUAGGAUUAGGAAAUAUCACUGUCGACUACUUUUGUGUGGCAGAACCUAAACUAACAAAACAUUGUAACCAAAAUUUAACACUGUCUUGGUCAAGAAAUCAAGCAAUUUUAGAAGGCUUGGUACAUAAUCCAGGAUAUCCCCGAUUUUAUUUAGGCAUAGAAACAUGCCACUGGACAAUCAAAGCCUUGCCAUGGCAAAAAAUAAAAAUUACUAUUCUGGACAUCUCACUGCUUGGGUACGGGCCGGAAAACUGUUCUGAUAUUUUUCAAAUAAAAGAAUCAAAACACGUUUUAUUAUCAUCGUGUUUACAAGAAGAAUCGUUCGUAGAGGUGCUUUCAGCAGGAAAUGAAAUUGAAAUUCUUUUGAAACCAUCUUCUAACGAAGAAUUACUUCCCAGGAGGGGUGUACUUUUUCACUACACUGCAGUCGGUUGUGCUACACCCUUCACACCAAAAAAUUCACAUUUUCUUGGAAGGAACGACUCAACAGCUGAAUUUAGUUGCGAUAUCGACUUUGCAUUUCCCGAUACCCAUUUGAGAACCAAAUUUAUAAAAUGCAUUGAAAACAAAUGGGACAGUAACAUUCCACUGCCUGACUGCGACAAUGCAACUGUAGUUGAAGCUGAAACUGUCAAUUUAAUUUCAAGUGAUCUAUAUACAACUAAGAGAACAAUGACUGAAAGAGCUACUAUUUCAGAAAUUGUGAUACCCACAAUGAUAAUUAUUUUGUUACUUGUUUUAAACAGUGUAGUCCUAUUUAUGAUCUACAGAUACAAAAAGAGGAAGGAGUCAGAAUAUUCUGAAGAAGAAUUGGGAACUUUACCUAUCAAUUGUGAUAAGUCUUCAACCUCCAGAGCCUAGCAUAUCAAGUUGAUAAUUUUUUUAUAACUACUUUUACUAUUUAAAUUCACAUAACAAUACAUCUCAGGCAGUGAUAAUAAAUCCAUUGAAUGUAUGCUUUAUAAAUAAACAAAAGAAAAACAUUUUUUAAAAAUAA